UUAAGGAAUUGCCAGAUGAAAAAAGCAUGCAGUAGCUCACAUUUCCAUGCUUGUGGUUAUUAAUGUGUGCAAUUUCUUUUAAGGAAGCAAUUUAUUUCCUCUGCUUAUUUUGCAACUGAGAAAUAGAGUAUUUAUACAAACGCUGACUGUAAACUAAAGCAGAUGUAAGACUCAUCCAAACCAGAUACGAAAAGUCUGUUUUCAGAGCAAGACAGAAUUAUUUAAGCAUAUAUUCGCCAUGACUGAAGAAACUACUGAAGUAAUUUAUGAGGAUGGAGCCAUUCCAUGUGAUAAAACGGACAUCAAGAUACUUGGAAAAAUCUUCCUGCCUGUAUUGUAUGGCCUGGUGUUCAGCAUUGGGUUGGUAGGAAAUUUUCUCGUGGUUCUUACCAUUCUGAAAGCCAGACACCAAAAGAGCAUCACUGAUAUUUUUUUCCUGAAUUUGGCCAUCUCUGAUCUUCUUUUUGUGAUCUCUCUUCCUUUUUGGGCUUCUUAUAUUAUACGUGAUUGGACACUUGGGAACUUCACAUGCAAAAUGGUUUCCUCUUUCUAUUCUGUGGGCUACUUCAGCGGCAUGUUUUUCAUCACCAUCAUAAGCAUUGACAGAUACCUGGCUAUUGUUCGGGCAACAUGUAUUAUGAAAUCGAGGACAGUCACCUAUGGGCAUCUUAUUAGUAUAUCAAUAUGGGCCCUAGCAGUUUUCUUUGCAAGCCCCCAUUUUAUAUUCAUGCAAGAGUCAGACCGAAAGUGUACUUCAUCGUAUCCAGAACAUCUUAAUAUAAUAUGGCCUGUUUUCAGCUACUUGGAAAUGAACGUCAUUGGAUUUCUUCUCCCAAUAUGCAUCAUGAGCUACUGCUAUCUGCAGAUCAUCAGAACAUUGCUGUCCUGCAAAAACCAGUGCAAACAAAAAGCUAUGAAAGUGAUUUCACUUGUGGUAAUCGUAUUUUUUCUCUUCUGGACUCCAUAUCACUUAUCACUUUUUCUGCAAGUGCUACAGUACUUUGAAGUCUUCAAAGACUGCGGUUCCUUAAGGUCUCUGGAUUACACUGUACAUGUGACUGAGACAGUAGCUUCCAGCCACUGCUGUCUUAAUCCAAUCAUCUAUGUAUUUGCUGGUGAAAAAUUCAGAAAGUACUUUUCCCACUUGGUUCUCAGGUGCAUUUCAUUCACAUGUGCCUGUGGGUGUUGUGGCAAAUGUAGCAGUGGAGUGCCUACUGCUAUUCCAGAUUGUACUAUGACCAGCAAUCACACCCAGAAUACAAGUGACCGAGAAAUGUCCCUCCUUCUUUGAUUGCUAAUAGUUCAAUAGUAUUGAAUACUGUGGCAUGUUGAAUACUGAACUGUUUUAUCCAGACUAUUCAUAGUCUUCAGGUUCUCAUAUUCCUAGCACAACAAAUUUUGUGUACCAUAGU